AUGGUUUCUCUCGUUCCAAGUCAAAGCUCUCGUCUUGUUUUCCGCUUCGCACUUACUCAAUCAGUUUCUAUGGAUCUGGUGUUUUCGAAACUGGAGAAGACCUUCGUGGUCUCUGCUCAGGUUUUUAAGACCAUCGGAACUGCAUCCGUCAUCGGGGUCUCCCGGAAAAUCUGUACAAGGACCAUCUUUUCCCACCACGACCCACAAAAGGGAUGGCUCUCUCUAUGUGGCGUCUCUCUUCACCUCCUUCCCUACUCUGAGUUCGUCCUUCACAUGCGCUCCAGAUCUGAGAGGACCUCCGUGGGAUUGUCCGUAUCUGAGCUACGCUCGGAUAAAGCUCAAACCUCAGCCAUAAAGAGCACCUUAGGCCGCCGCAGUGCAUCAUCUUCGAGAUAUAAACGGGGUUCCGUUUCUCUUCUAGGCGGCUGCUCAACCCCCAACAUUCCGUUCACCAAGGCCUCCUCUCCUCCAUCUUGCGCCACCGAUGUCCUCCGUUCCAGCUCCGCCUCCCAUCCCGGAUCUAGGGUUUCUCCAGCCAGGCUGGUUGAUAAUGGGCCGAAAUUCAAUUGUUUGUGGGCCUGGCCUAUUACAACUAAUGAAGAAAGAAACUUGUUGCUUAGUCAAUCAAUACCCAGUGCUUGUCACAACGAGAGCCAACAAACCAUGGGUUUAUGA